AGGGCCUGAACACACACCGCCUCCGCCGCCGCCGCCGAGAUGGACGCCAAAGAAGUCAAGUCCGACCUCGUGCUCAUCCUCGACUACGGCUCCCAGUACACCCACCUCAUCACCCGCCGCAUCCGGAGCCUCUCCGUCUUCUCCCUCUGCAUCUCCGGCACCUCGCCGCUCAAGGCCAUCACCGACCACAGCCCGCGCGUGGUGAUCCUCUCCGGCGGCCCCCACUCGGUCCACUCGGCCGGCUCGCCGAGCUUCCCCGAGGGGUUCGCCGAGUGGGCCGAGGGCAACGGGGUGUACGUGCUGGGGAUCUGCUACGGGCUGCAGCUGGUCGUGCAGAGGCUGGGAGGGGAGGUCAGGAUCGGGGAGAAGCAGGAGUACGGGAGGAUGGAGAUCGAGGUGGAGAAGGAUUCGGGGCUCUUCGGGUCGAAGCGCGUGGGGGAUAGGCAGGCUGUGUGGAUGAGUCACGGGGAUGAGGUGGUGAGGUUGCCCGAGGGAUUCGAAGUCGUCGCGCGGAGCCAGCAGGGGGCGGUGGCCGCCGUCCAGAGUUUAGGGAGGAGGUUCUAUGGGCUUCAGUAUCAUCCUGAGGUUACUCACUCACCUGAAGGAAUGGAAACACUGCGCUACUUUCUUUUUGACAUUUGUGGAGUCACUGCAGGGUGGAAGAUGGAAAAUGUAAUGGAUGAAGAGAUUAAAGUGAUAAAGGAAACAGUGGGGCCUGAAGAUCAUGUCAUUUGCGCAUUAUCUGGAGGUGUUGAUUCAACAGUUGCCGCAACUCUUGUUCACAAGGCUAUUGGAGAGAGGCUUCAUUGUGUUUUUGUUGACAAUGGUCUUCUGAGGUACAAGGAGCAGGAGCGUGUCAUGAAAACCUUUGAAAGAGAUCUACAUCUGCCAGUUACUUGUGUCGAUGCGACUGAGCAGUUCCUUAGCAAGUUAAAGGGUGUAGAAGAUCCUGAGGUGAAGAGAAAGAUAAUUGGAAAGGAAUUUAUUUGCAUCUUCGAUGCUUUUGCCCAUGAUCUGGAGAAAAAGUUGGGGAAGAAACCUGCAUAUUUGGUCCAAGGAACUUUAUAUCCCGAUGUGAUCGAAUCAUGUCCUCCCCCAGGGACUGGAAGGUCACACUCACACACAAUUAAGAGUCAUCACAAUGUUGGAGGACUUCCCAAGGAUAUGAAAUUGAAGCUGAUUGAACCGCUGAAGCUUCUAUUCAAGGAUGAGGUUCGUCAACUUGGAAAGAUAUUGGAUGUUCCCGAAGGAUUUCUGAAGCGUCACCCAUUUCCUGGUCCUGGCCUUGCAGUUCGAGUUUUGGGCGACGUAACGAAAGAUGAUGCUUUAGAUAUCCUUCGCCAGGUGGAUGAAAUAUUUAUUCAAUCAAUCAAGGAUGCUGGACUAUAUGAUAACAUUUGGCAAGCCUUUGCUGUGUUUCUUCCAGUAAGGUCUGUUGGAGUUCAGGGUGAUCAAAGGACACAUUCUCAUGUUGUUGCUCUUAGAGCGGUCACAAGUCAAGACGGAAUGACGGCAGAUUGGUAUCAGUUUGAUCACAAGUUCCUUGACCACGUAUCACGAAAGAUAUGCAACAGUGUUCGAGGUGUCAAUAGAGUUGUUCUGGACAUCACAUCGAAGCCUCCAUCAACAAUUGAGUGGGAGUGAGACCAUUAUGCAAGAAAAUUGUCUGGAUUUAUUAUAUUUAUGAUCAGAUUUGAAUGCUCAUUUUUGGGACAUAAAUUUUCCAGUAACUAGGGAAAAUUUAUGUGAUGUGGUAGGACAUACGUCAUACUCAUGCUCUUAGAGGUAGAGUUUUGAGAUCGUGUAUUAUUUAGAUGGAAAAUGGCACAAAGUUCUAAAAGAAAUCUGUGUUAUGCAUAGUCUUUAUAACUUGUUCUUGGUACUCAGUUUGUGAAAUGGCAGAUUGGUUUGCCGAA